AGCUCGAGGACACCCCUUUUCAAGGGAGAUUCUCGCUGCUCCCUUACCAAAUAAUUUCAAGGAGACCAACUUGGCGUAUGAUGGGUCAUCUGACCCGUCGAGGCAUGUGAGGACCUUGGAAAAUAUGGCUGUGUUGCAUGGAUACUCUGAUUCUAUUUGUUGUAGGGCAUUUUUGUCGACCUUGCGCGGAGGAGCACUAGAUUGGUUUCAUCAACUUCCCCCUGGAUCGAUCGCGGACUUUGAGGAUUUUACCAGUAAGCUUAUCAAUCAAUAUUCGAGCGCGGUGGCGCAGGAGAAGACGUAUUUGACCCUGAUGGCGAUGAGGCAGGGGGAGAAGGAAUCGUUGAGAAAGUACGUUGCUCGAUAUAAUCAGACGUGUUUAGAGGUGCACUCGGCUUCAGAUGAGGUGAAGGCGGGAGGAUUGAUAAGGAUUCUUCAAGCGGGGCCUUGUCGAACUUCUUUGGCAAAGACUCCUGCUCGAUCAUAUGAGGAUGUCCUGAAGCGGUGCAUGAAGUAUAUUAAUUUGGAGGAGAUAGAGAUGGAGUUUGCAAAGCUGGAAGGAGUGGCCCGGCCAGAGCCAAAAAAGGAAAAAAGCCCACAAAGGGGGAGAUCGCCGAGGAGAAGUUCGCCCAAGCGGAGCGAGCAGAAGAGGGCAUCACCCCGAAGAGAGAGCCGAGACUCGAAAGGUGAGAAGAGAAAUGAGUGGCAGAGGAGGCCGAUGUUGUUCGAAAGACAGAGAUACCACACUUUUACCCCCUUGAGGAAAGACAUGACAGAGGUCCUCGAGGCCAUGGAGCAAAAGAUGCUGAGCAAGGAUGUGACUUGGCCAAAGACGAGGUUUACAGGCCCAAUUCAACCUAGGUCGGAUGUCUACUGUCGCUUUCACCGAGAUUAUGGUCACACCACGGAGAACUGUAGACAUUUGAAAGAUGAGAUCGAGAGGUUGAUUCGAGCAGGAUAUUUGAAAGAAUUU